ACGUGUUCACUUGGGGCGUCGCCGAUACAACGCGCCGUACCAGAGUGCAGACCUGGUGCACAGCUCGUCCGUCGCCGCGUGAGGUACAGGCCGGUGACAAGUCAAAGUGCAGGUGCAGUUGUGCAUGUGUGACACGAUUUUUCAUAUUUGCUGGCAUUGACAGAUCAAGAACGAGUACUACGAGAUUUUAUUUCAGUAAUUUAUUUGAUUUUUUUGUGGCGAGGGGCGGACACCACAAACCAGAGGGUAUACGGUGUCCGAUCGAGGCUUAGCCUCUGCUGCUAUCGGAGAACUGUCCCGAUAUUGCUGAUUUAAGACACUCAUAUACUGUCCCAAUACCAUCUCUACAUUUUGAAACUGGGAUUUGAAAAAUUUUCCUGUGUAAACUAAACUUCAUAAUAAAAACAUUUUCAGAUUUUGAGAAGCGUCAAACUCAGCAAUACUCAAUAUAUCACACAGGCUAGAAUGGACCUUUUCAAAUUGAAGCUUCUCCUUGGUAGAUGUACGACUGCAAAGGCAGAAACGGCUCCCCUAGGGGACAGCUGCACCUGUAGGUACCGAUGAGACAGUCCACAGGGGGUGCUCCGCAUCAUCAUCGGCACAUCAGACUUGAUCAGCAACCACUCGUGCCAGUACCCAUCCCCUUUGAGUCCCUACAAAGUGACUCCAUCGAUACUCUUACUACUACAACUACUGCCUCGCAACGGACAGUUUCAGUUGAGACAGUCGAGGUGGAGGAGCAUGAAGUCUGCUCCGACAGCGAAUUUGAUACGAGAGAGACACUCAAGCUGACCGCCCGCAGCGGCGCUACCUUCCGUCGCGACGUCUCUACAUCGACGCGUCGGCCCCCCAGCACCCGACGAGUCGCCUCUGCAACGCGUGAUGAGACGACGCAAGAAAUACAAGAUGAAGACGAAGCCACUCUCAGAGAGCUGCUUAUUAGUCUGCAAAAGCAGGUGAGCGUGAUGAGUAUGAACCUCAGCGCGAAGUUGGACGAGUUGCAACGGGGCGAUCGCCAUCUAGAGACGACCGUUGCACUAUGCGAGAUUCGCACGCAACUACAAGAGUUGACAAAAUCAGUGGAAAGUUGUCAGUCGGAAGUUUCUGAAGUGAAGAGGGACAUGGUGGCGAUUAAACACGAACUGGAUACGGUUCAGCAGGUGAAGGAAGAAAUCGAAGAGUUGCGGGAGUAUGUGGAUCGCUUGGAAGAGCAUACGCACCGACGAAAAUUGCGUCUUCUUGAGCAGGGUCUAACACUAUUCUUAACCUAUGCUAUUAUGGCAGCCGUGUUAGGUAUGUUUCAAUUUGGUUACAAUACGGGAGUGAUCAAUGCACCUCAGAAGAACAUCGAAAAUUUCAUGAAGACCCUCUACAAGGAACGUUACGAGUCGGAUUUGGGAAACGAGAGAGCAGAAAUGCUAUAUUCGAUCGCUGUAUCAAUAUUUGCCAUUGGUGGUAUGUUAGGUGGCUUUGGCGGUGGUAUGGUUGCAAAUAAAUUUGGAAGAAAAGGCGGCUUAUUGCUCAACAACAUCUUGGGAAUUGCUGGAGGGUGCCUAAUGUGGUGUACGAAAAUAGCAAAAUCCUAUGAAAUGUUAUUCGUUGGAAGAUUUAUCAUAGGGGUCAAUUGUGGUUUGAAUACUUCUUUAGUACCAAUGUAUAUAUCGGAAAUAUCGCCUUUAAAUCUUCGAGGUGGUCUCGGUACCGUAAAUCAACUCGCAGUUACCAUCGGUCUCCUACUGUCUCAAGUUUUAGGUAUUGAACAAAUAUUAGGAACCAAUGAAGGAUGGCCACUUCUCCUUGGUCUCGCUGUGGUACCGGCAGUGUUACAAUUGGUGUUGCUUCCAAUUUGUCCUGAAAGUCCCCGCUACCUCCUUAUAACGAAACAAUGGGAGGAGGAAGCACGGAAAGCAUUGAGAAGGUUAAGAGCCAGCAACGCUGUAGAAGAAGAUAUAGAAGAAAUGCGCGCGGAAGAAAGGGCUCAGCAAUCGGAGGCUUCAAUUAGUAUGAUGGAAUUAAUUUGCUCUCCAACGCUUAGAGCACCUCUUAUCAUCGGUAUUGUUAUGCAGCUGAGUCAACAAUUUUCUGGUAUCAAUGCGGUGUUCUAUUAUUCGACCAGUCUAUUCGUAAGUUCCGGUCUACCAGAGGAAAGUGCCAAGUUUGCGACCAUCGGUAUAGGUUGCAUCAUGGUUGUCAUGACAUUAAUUUCCAUACCGCUUAUGGAUAGAAUGGGAAGAAGGACGUUGCAUUUGUACGGCUUAGGAGGAAUGUUCAUUUUCUCUAUCUUCAUAACCAUUUCGUUUCUAAUAAAGGAGUUUUUUGGCUAUGUGCAGGAAAUGAUCGACUGGAUGUCUUACCUCUCGGUAGUAUCUACCCUUUUCUUCGUCAAAUUUUUCGCCGUUGGACCUGGAAGCAUACCGUGGAUGAUCACUGCCGAACUGUUCUCACAAGGGCCUAGACCUGCUGCCAUGUCAAUUGCUGUUCUUGUUAACUGGACCUCUAAUUUCGUGGUGGGUCUCGGAUUUCCUUCAUUAAGGAACGCACUAGAUAACUAUACUUUCCUGCCGUUCAGCGUCUUCCUAGCCAUUUUCUGGAUAUUUACUUAUAAGAAAGUACCAGAAACAAAAAACAAAACGUUUGAAGAAAUAGCAGCUUUGUUUAGAGAAGGAAAUGGAAGCGUUGGUUUUCGAGACAGUCGAUUGUAUGGGAGUAUGUUGAACUGCGUUAACACAUUCGAGCAGCAUCUACCAGUAACAGAGCAGGCUGGUCUGGUUGUAGCAGAAGAAAAAACACAGCAUGACUCGUUUCCAAAUCCAUUCGAGAGACCAAUGAUCAAAACAACAACUUAUACCAUUAGAAGACAUUCAGCAUAUGCCACAGUACCAGCCGGCUCUGAUCAUUCAUCCCGUACUGGUGAGAAUGCAAGCAACCGACCUCCACCCCCACUGCCACCUCCGAGAUUUCCCAACAGCGCCGUUUGACAAUGGGAUAGUCUCAGCAUCGCCACCACCUUCAGCCUGCCAAUGACGCCCCUUUUAGUACUGGAAGAUCAUCUAGUGGAAAUAAUAGCGCAGAGAAGUAGAGCUUGUGCCACUUUCCUUCGCCACAGCUUCAAGAGACCCCACCGACAUUAACGCCACCACUGCCCGAGUGAUUGAAUAUGCGGUUUGGAAACAUUUCAAUUUUUAAGAGAAAAGUUACGCGUAUUCGUUCUGAAAUCAUUAAAUAACCCUCGUACAUAUAAAUCAAAAAAUUAUCAACUGUUCCCUGUGAACGUUAUAAGUAAUUCUCAAGCAAAUUCUUAUACUCACCUGAAUAUUUGUCAAUUAACCAUUUGUGACAUUGAAUGGAGGAAAAUUGGAAAUAUCGCAAAUUAGAUGAUUCAAAUUUCGACGCUCAGUUAGAUUGAUUGGAUAUUAUCUUGAAAUUUUGUGUUUGACGUGAUGAAUUCCAAACGAAAAGUAGAUCACUUAAGUUCAAAUUCAAUUAAUAUAACUAGAAUUUAUAACAUCUAAUUUGGACAUUAACCAAUCUUCCAAUAAGAGAGUAAAGUUUUUGUGAUAUAAUUUCUGUUUCGGAUAUCUAAGUAUUACAAGGAUCAGUUGAAAAGUUUUAAAAUUUAUUCGGUAGUGCUCCGACGACUACGUGACAAAAUAAACUUAAAAACUUCUCUUCCAAGGUUUUAAAAUGGCCUUAAAAUGCUCAGUUAAUCCGAUUAAAAAUGAAGUGAAUUGCCGCCAGUGCCGUAAAGAGUUUUUUGCAGACUAUUUACCAAGAAAGAAAAAAAAAAGAGGUGGCCCGAAGAUAAUGCUUUAUAUUAGCCGAGAGAAUUGUAUGAUAAAUAGAAAAUUUUUCAAAAGACUAUAGCCAAUUAAAAUUUUUUAUCUCCUUGGUUCUUCUCUCGACUGAAAUCUCGUUAUUUUUAGCGAGUUUAAAACUGUCCUUUUCCCAAAGUGCGAAAUAUACUACCCUUAUCGAAAGAGAAGAAACUGCACAAAUCAUUUAUUUAUUUUUCUACAACUUUUAUUAAAAGCAUGCACCUACAUUAUUAUCUUUUUGUUUCCUAGAUUAUAGUAGCUUUUUCGAUAUUUACUGUAUGUAACUAUUUUUAAAAGUAUAUUAUAUUCCAAGAAAAUAAUUGUUUCUAAUAUAUUAUCAAUCAAAAUGUGGUAAAUUUCUAUCCGACACUUUUCGUUAUAUAAAUUAUUUCAGAAUAAGUCAUGAAUUUCUGGUUUAAAACUUAACAGUAUUUAAGUAUUUAUGAGUAAUCCUAACAUUGGUCAUUGGCACACAAAAACAAACAAAA